AUGACUGCGGCCUGGCUCUUGUCUGUUUUUGUGCUGGUGCUGGGUAUCCCACAUUAUGAUUGCAGACCACGGGGUCGGAUCUUAGGUGGGUCAGAGUCGGAUCUGCACAACAGACCAUACAUGGUAUCAUUGCAGGUGAAUAGCAGUCACUUAUGCGGUGGCGCCUUACUCAACUCACAGUGGGUACUCAGUGCGGCACACUGCGCUUCUGACAAUCCUUACAAUCAUUUUACAGCCGUAAUGGGGGCCAACUCUCUGUCAGACCCUAACAGAAUAACUGUCAACAUUGAGAAACAGUUCAUUCAUCCUCUGUACAAUCAAGCUACCAAGGAACAUGACCUCCUACUUUUGAAACUAGCACAAAAUGUCACACUGAGUGAUAAAGUGAAGCCCAUACAACUCCAACGUGAAGACAGAGAGAUUCCUGCAGGUACUCUGUGCCUGGUAGCUGGCUGGGGAAAAAUAAAGCGCACAGGGAAGAAACCUGACCAGCUUCAGGAGGUGUUGGUACCUAUUAUCGCCAGAAGUGUUUGUAAUGGUCGGGGUUACUACCAAGAUGAAAUCACUCCAAACAUGAUUUGUGCAGGGACUGGGAAACAAGACUCAUGUGAGGGAGACUCCGGGGGACCCUUGGUGUGUGAUGGAGUGCUGGAGGCUACAGUGUCUUCUGGAUAUCGUGUCUGUGGUAAUGUUAAGCGGCCAGGUAUCUACACUCGUUCACAACCCUACAUAAAUUUUAUUGAGGAUACUAUGCAUAAUGCUACCAUAAGCAUCCCUUCUGCUGCACAAAUUGCAGUCUAAAUGACAACAGAAUGCAUUACAGCACCAAAAUAUAUAUGUUAAUCAUUUUACUUAAUAAAGGUUUUACA